AUGUCGUCGCCCUCGUCGAGUUCGGGAAAGCGCAAGCGAAGUGCUUCGAUCGCUCACAAUAGCUCUAUCCCGAAGACUCUCAAGCCCGUCGAGCUUUUACAACCAUCAUCUCGCGACGCUUCCGGAGAAGAAGGCGACGACUCAACUGCACCGACUGAUGAGCGACCAUUGUCACGACACAAGAAGACUCCAUCCCUCUCAAUUGACCCUAGCAAUUCCCACCCGUCGAAGCGCGCAAGAACCCGUUCUGGGGCAACCGCUGCCGACGCACAACAUACAACGAGCAACGGCGACUCCGCCACGGUGAACAACGAAGACCCCGGCGAGCCAUCGGAAACGACAGAAGCGAGCCUCGAUAUUGAGACGAGAUCAAAGCGGAAAUCUGCUGAUACUUCCAAUGGCGAUGUCGACAAGGAUGAAUUCUUGCAACCGCCACUUCGCGCAGGACUUCAAGAUCCAGUGGGAUAUCACACGAAUCCCCCUCCGACCGGACGGGCCGUGCGAGUUUAUGCCGAUGGCGUGUUUGAUCUGUUUCACUUAGGACACAUGCGACAACUCGAACAAGCCAAAAAAGCCUUCCCAGAAGUCUACCUCAUUGUCGGCGUAACCGGGGACGAAGAAACCCACAAACGCAAAGGUCUGACUGUAUUGUCAGGUGCGGAGCGAGCAGAGACCGUCCGACACUGCAAAUGGGUCGACGAGGUUAUCCCCAAUUGUCCAUGGAUUGUGACACCGGAGUUUUUGGAGGAGCACCGCAUUGACUAUGUCGCGCAUGACGAUUUGCCCUAUCAGGCGGACGAGGGAGAUGAUAUCUAUGCACCUAUUAAAGAACAGGGCAAGUUUUUGGUUACGCAACGGACGGAGGGUGUUAGUACUACUGGGAUUAUCACAAAGAUCGUCCGCGACUACGACAAAUACAUAGCCCGCCAAUUUAAACGAGGUGCAUCCCGACAAGAACUGAACGUCUCCUGGCUCAAAAAGAAUGAACUGGAGAUCAAACGCCACGUGGUUGAGCUACGUGAAAGCAUCCGCAACAACUGGAACAUGACGGGACAAGAACUGAGCAAGGAGUUUCGUCAGUUCUGGGGCAACAGCCGCUCCAACAGUCCCUCGCGCAGCAGUAUGAAGAAUGGCUUGGACAUGCACAGCCCUCGUUCGAGUUUCAGUAUCUCCAAGACACAUUUGUCGCGCGGAUUGGAGAGUCCUACCGGUCGUCCUGAGAGUCCGGGGCCUGCUGGUCGGAAUGAAGAUUUUGCGACGGGAUAUAGUUUGGGAUUGAUUGGGGGUGUUAGGUCCUGGAUGUCCCGAACACGAACACCAUAUCUGAGUGGACCAACAUCACCCGUCGCAAGCGACGACGACAGAGACGCACCCUCAUAUCUCGAAAGUGGCGAUGAACCACGUCGACCGAGCCUCCUGCGUGGUGACACUCUAUGA